CCAGGCCCGCCUGCAGGGGGUGGUGAGGGCAGCUGUUUGGAGGCGCUCCCCACCCAGCCCAGAGAAGGAGGAAGAGGGAAGGAAAUUAGCUGCCAGUUCGUUGGAGUCUGGAUUUGCCCGCCUCUUCUAACUCGGUGGCGCCCGUUGCCCUCCGGCGUCUGGGCACCCGGCUCAAGGAAGGAUCUGGGUGGAGGCCGAGGGCCGCGCUGCCAUGAGCAGCCCCGGAACACGGCUGCUGCAGCUGCCGCUGCGAGGGCCAGUCCCGGCUGCCUGGCUCCCGUUCCGGCUCGGGAGAGGACUCGGACUCGGACUCCAGCGCCUGCCGGCGCCCGCCGCGGGCUGCGCCGCGUCCCGCCUGCUGGGGACAAAGGUCGGGGCCAGCGGGAGCGGUCCCGGGAGAGAAAAAGGAUGCGAGGGGACCCGCACGGUGCGGAUCGGCUGCGCCUCGGCUUUCUGGGGAGACACGGCGGCCUCAGUACCUCAGCUGCUGUAUAAGGAGAAGCUGGAUUUUUUGGUUUUUGAUUAUCUCUCAGAGAUAACUAUGUGUCUGCUAACUGCUGCAAAGGCCAAAUCUCCAGAUUUGGGUUAUGUUCCUGAUUUUGUCCAGACUGCAAUGGCUCCAUAUAUUAAAGAUAUUCAUAAAAAAGGCAUUCGUGUCAUCAGUAAUGCUGGUGGGACCAAUCCCCUUGCUUGUGCGAAAGCUCUUCACAGGGUGGCAAAGAAGGCUGACGUGGAUUUGAAAAUAGCAGUUGUCACUGGGGAUGACAUAAUGAGUGAGAAAGAUAACCUAAAAAGAUCAGGGAUUACAGAUAUUGAGAAUGGAAAGCCAUUUCCAGACACCAUUCAAAGCAUGAAUGUAUAUCUUGGUGCAAGACCAAUAAGCCGAGCCCUUGACUUGGGGGCUGACAUUGUUUUGACUGGCCGAUGUGUGGACAGUGCUGUUGUGUUAGGACCACUCAUUCAUUCGUUUGGUUGGAGUAGAAACGACUUUGACUCACUAGCAGCUGGAAGUCUUGCAGGCCACCUCAUUGAAUGUGGUGCUCAGUGCACUGGUGGAAUAUAUACUGAUUGGCAUAUGGUGCCAGACUGGCACAACAUAGGAUUUCCCAUAGUGGAAUGUUCUCCUGAUGGACAAUUUGUUCUGUCCAAGCCUCCUGACACAGGAGGCCUUGUCUCUUUUGGUACUGUGGCUGAACAGCUGGUGUAUGAAAUAGGAAAUCCUCAACUCUACCUCUUGCCAGAUGUGACUUGUGACUUUUCUCAAGUCACUAUUACUGAAAUUCCAGGUAUUGAAGGUGGGGCCGUGCAAGUCAAUGGAGCAAAGGGAUCAGCUCCUUCUGCAUCUUUUAAGGUAAGUGCUUCUUACCUGGAUGGUUUCAGAGCAACUGCUGUCUGUCCAAUAGGAGGGCCAAGAGCCACAGAAAAAGGAAGGCGGACAGCUGAAAGUAUUUUGAGAAGAACUCGCCUUAUGUUUGAAGAGCUGGGUUUGGAAGAUUAUAGUGCCGUUCACAUUCAGAUUUUAGGAGCUGAAGAUACAUAUGGACGUCAUGCAAAAGUCAGCCUAGGUGGGGGGCCCCGAGAAGUUGUUCUCUGGCUUGCUGUCCAACACAAACAGAAGAAGGCACUGGAAAUCUUCUCAAGAGAAAUUGCACCAGCUGGGACAGGAAUGGCACCUGGACUAACUGGAAUUGUUGGAGGUCGUCCCAAAGUAUCUUCAGUUCUGAAACCAUUUUUCUUCCUGUAUCCCCAAAGAAAUGUCAAGAUUGAUAUCUAUAUUAAUGGGCAGCAUGUCGAAACGUUUCAGGAGGACUUCACCUUCACAACAGAUGAAUUUGUUUCACCUGCUCUACCUGAGAGAGAUGAUGAACUGAAAGAUUUACCACAUGGCUCACUGACUUAUCGUUUAGAGGAUCUAGCCUAUACUAGAAGUGGAGAUAAAGGCAAUUCUGCAAAUAUCGGUGUUGUAGCACGACACCCCCUCUAUUAUCCAUACUUAAAAAAAAUUCUAACUGCUCAGGCAAUAGAAGACUACUUCCAACACCUGCUGCAUAAAGAAGGGGCAGAGGAGACUUUAGUCACAAGAUAUGAGUUGCCAGGAAUAUAUGCCUUAAACUUUGUUUUGAAAAACUCCCUGGGUGGUGGAGGCAUCGCAUCCUUGAGAAACGACCCACAAGGCAAAGCUCUUGGACAAAUGCUAUUGGACUUCCAGAUUAAAAAUGUUCCUGAUUUAAAAUCCCUAGUAGAAUGACCAAAACAAGUGCAUCCACUUUGGGGAAAAUUUCCUAAUGAAAACAUAAAACUGAAACUAAAACAAAGAACCAAAGGAGUAAAUACCAUAAAUAAAUAGUAGCAGGGUGAGUCAACAGCAACAUCACCAGCAAGAAGUCAUCAGUGGGAGGGAGAGGGUAAGUGAUCUUGAGAAAAAGACACCAAAGUGUUCACGUUCUAUGCAGCAAUCACUUAGGUUGGUUUAAUCUAUCAUUUAUGUUUUCUUAGCAUUUAAUGGAACUUUUCUGUAUUUUCUAUAAAAUAUACUCAUUAAAUGAUGAUAAAAACAAUAUUCUUUACACACAUACACACAUUUAUACUUUCCCAGCUUAGUGCUCAUCUAUGAGCAAUAUAUUUUAUUCUUUGUUAGUGCCUCUUCAGAUUUUUUGCCACUUAUAAAUGAUACAAGUCCUCAUACAUUGGGAGUACAGAGUAUAAAUUUGGGAUCAAAAGCAAUCCUUAAUUCUAUUACAUAGAAUAAGUGCUAUUUGAAAGCAGUGUGUUCUUUGGGGAAAAAAUUAUGAUAUCCCAAUAUUCAAAAUGAUAUCGUGUAAGUCAGAAGAUAUGAAAUUUAAAAGUACACUCAGUUAAUAUGUUAAUAUAAAAUAGAUGCUUGCCAUUAAACUGCCUAGGUUGACAGGAAUGCCUUAUAGUUGAGACAUACUCUGUAUCCCCAAAGACUUUUUUUAACCAACAAUUUAGCUACUUUGAAGAAAGCUUUUGUGGUAUAAUGGAAAGAAAACUGUAUUUAGAUUUAGAAAUUAGAGAUUAGAUCAUCAAUAAACAUUCAUUAAGCACCUACUGUGUGCCAGGUACUGUGCUAAGCACUGAACAUGGGUUCAAAUUUUGAUUCUUCUAUGAAUUGUCCCCAUCUCAUCUUAAGCAAAUCACUUAAUCUCUAUGGGCCUCAGUUUCCUUACUGUUAAAACAAGAAGUUUGAACCAGAUGGUCUUGAUAUCUCUCUUUAAAUCUUAUGAAUGGAUCUGAAAGGGUGAUGCUUCCUAUCUUGGGCCAAAUUCUACACUGUUGCAGAAUAGUGCUGUACUAAAUUUGUAAACUAUUUUGUUUUACUUAAAAACAAUAUAUUUUUCCAUCUUUAAGUUCAUGGAUGAAUUCUUUGAGCUUGACACCCCUCUGAUAUUUCCAUAUCAGUAAUGCUCACUCCUUUACUCACAACCUUAUUGCCAAUGGCAUAGGCAGGGUAAGAAUUUCCGCUUUAUCAUUUAUUCCUUAUAAAAUAAAGAGAAUUCAGAUCAGAUGGGCAUCUUAGGAAUCACUUUAGAUUUGAGGAAACUGAGGUACAGAAGUAUAAUAACUUGCCCAAACUCUCAGAGCCAGUUAGUAGAAAGACCAGGUCCUAAAUUCUGUUAUUCAAACUCCCAGGUCAGGCUCUUUCUACACCAUCAGAUAUAAUAAAUGGGACAUUGGAUCAAAUGUCCUUUGUGAAACCUACCAUACCUCAAAACUUCUGAGUAGACUGGUAUUCUCAAUUCUGCCAGUUUUCUUGUAAUUUUAUAAUAAAAGCCAAUAUUCCAUAAUACACUACUUUUCAAUUACAUGGCUGUCUUGUCCCAAUGAAGGGCAGAGAAUUCAUCUCUGAAUCAGCUGUGCUGGACAGUGGGAAAAACUGACACCUUGAUAGUUAGGGUUGAAGUGGUCUUCCACAUUGGGAAGUGGUGUUUCUUCCAAGGGAGUGGGAAUUCAAUCCCCUGGUAUUGUUCUUUGAGUUUGGGGAACUUCCACUAACUUUGUAAUUGUCCAACCACUACUCAUAAACUUACAUUUGUGCUACGGCAGAUAGACAUAUUCAUAAAUGUAUUGUUGAGAAAGAAAAAAGCUGGAAAAAGACUGACACAGUAAUUUAUCAAUUUCUAUGGGUCUUACAAAUUUUACUUUAUUAAAAAAAUUACUUUGGAAAAGGGUU